AUGGGCGAAGUCCGACGAACAAAGGAAGCUCUCAACCAGGGCAAGAAGGUGAGCUACGAGAGCAUGAACCCGCACACCCAGGCCUCCCUUCUCAAGGCCUUCCUCAAGGAGCUCGCCGACCCCGUCUUCACCGCCAAACUCUACCCGGGCUGGAUUGCCGCUACGCAGCACAAGGACAGGAAGAUCCUGAUCACGCGGCUGCUGAACAUGCUGCCACAGCAGAACCUGCAGAUCAUCUCAACGCUGAUGAUCCACCUCCGACACAUCUCCGAAUACCACGCGUCCAACCUGAUGACGGCCGAGAACCUGGCGAUCGUGUUCGGCCCCAUACUCCUGCGCCCGUCGUCGGUCUCGGUCGAGACCCUGUUCGCCGACGUGCCCUACGUCAACAAGUGCAUCGGCAUGCUGAUCAACGACUGCUCGUUCUUCUUCAAGAACAAGCUGGUGCUGCUCCACCGACAGACCAAGCAGACGUCGCUGUUCGAGGAGAUGCGCCGAGCAGGCGCCGAGCUCAUCAUCGAGGAGCGCAAGCGGCGCGAGAAGGAGGAAAAGCGGCUCAAGGAGGAGCAGCGCAAGAGCGAGCGCAAGAAGAAGUACAACACCUACUCCUCGUCCAAGCGGCAGACCGUCAAGGCCCUGCUCGACACCGAGUUCGACCCGGCCAUCGACGAACACGGCAACGUCGACCACCACCCGUCGACCAGCCCCGCGCCCGACCCCUCGUCGCCCUCGUCCGCGCGCAACAAGGGCAACGGCAGCUGUAGCCCUGACAUGGGCGGCCGCGCCGUGCGGCCCCAGACCUCCUACAACCCGGCAAGCGCGCCCAUGCUGCCCACGCCCUCGACCUCGCCGCGCCCGCCGCUGCCGCCGCUGCCGGAGAACCUGCCGCCGCCCCCGCCCGUCAGCGCCGGGACGCUACGACGCAGCGUGUCGGCCUACAACCCCGUACCAGCCAUCGUCGUGGGUGGUCACAACGGCGGCGGCGCGGGCGGGACGAACUCGCACCGCGCCAUAUCGCCGCGGUCUCGACCAACGCGACCAGUGGGCAUCAUGAUGAUCCCGCCCUCUGGACCUGCGUCACCCGAUGUGCCGCGCAGUAAUGGCCAUCACCACCCCCACCACAACCAACCGCUCGAGUAUGACGACAAGGGCAUCCCAGUACCGCCUCCCCCACCGCCGCCGCUGGAGCUCACAGAAGAGGAAAAGAGAAGAAAGGAAGACGAUGAGAAUCUACUGCACAACAUGCGGCGUCGAUAUGUAGAUAGACGUAAACAGACGCUGGAUCGGUGGUUCAAGCGGAAGAACGACUGGACCGAGGAGGAGUUCAACAAGGCGAUGGAGGAGAGGGCGGCUCUGAUUGAGAACGGCGAGUACAGCCCGCAGGACCUCCAGAUGUGGUUCGCCGAGAUGGGCGCCGGCGACGACGAGGACCCACUCAACGUCUCCCAGUCCUCCAACGUCUCUCUCAACCACCAAAUCGGCGGCAGGAGCAGGGAGGGGUCGCCCGCCUUGCCAUCGCGGGAGGCACACCACCACCACCACGGCACGCCAUCGCCAGCGACGACGAGUUCAGGUGCCGCCGUGGACACCACCCUCUGCGUCAGCUGA